GGAACCAUCUUUCCGGCUCCCAAUUUCAAUCCCAUUAUGGAUGCCCAAAUGCUAGGAGGAGCACUGCAAGGAUUUGACUGUAACAAAGACAUGCUGAUCGACAUUCUAACUCAACGCUGCAAUGCGCAAAGGCAGAUGAUCGCGGAGGCGUACCAGAGCAUAUACGGCCGGGACCUGAUUGGUGACCUGAAGGAGACACUUUCAGAUCAUUUCAAAGAUGUUAUGGUUGGCCUUAUGUACCCACCACCAUCUUACGAUGCUCAUGAACUCUGGCAUGCCAUGAAGGGAGUAGGCACUGAUGAGAAUUGUCUCAUUGAUAUAUUAGCUUCAAGAACAAAUGGAGAAAUUUUCCAGAUGCGAGACGCCUACUGUUUGCAAUACGGCAGUGACCUUCAAGGAGACAUUUACUCAGAGACCUCAGGACACUUCAGAGACACCCUUAUGAACUUGGUUCAGGGAACCAGAGAGGAAGGAUAUGCAGACCCUGCUCUGGCUGCUCAGGAUGCAAUGGUCCUGUGGGAGGCCUGCCAGCAGAGGACGGGGGAGCACAAAACCUUGCUGCAAAUGAUCCUGUGCAACAAAAGCUACCAGCAGCUGUGGCUGGUUUUCCAGGAGUUUCAAAACAUUUCUGGGCAAGACAUGGUGGACGCCAUUAAUGAAUGUUACGAUGGAUACUUUCAGCAACUGCUAGUUGCGAUUGUUCUCUGUGUUCGAGAUAAACCAGCCUAUUUUGCUUACAGAUUAUAUAGUGCAAUCCAUGACUUUGGUUUCCAUAAUAAAACCGUAAUCAGGAUUCUGAUCGCCAGAAGUGAAAUCGACCUGCGGACCGUCAGGAAACGGUACAAAGAAAGAUACGGAAAAUCCCUGUUUCACGACAUCAGGAAUUUUGCUUCAGGGCAUUAUAGGAAAGCACUGCUUGCCAUCUGCGCUGGGGAUGCUGACGACUACUGAGACAGAGGAUUUGGAGGACCACGCACUCCUCUUUACAGACGCAUCAAAAGUGAAGAUUUUCUAAUACAAUUUUG